UCCGUCCCAACUGCACAAUGUCCACAUGCAAAACACUGGCCAGGAUAUGUUCCAAAACCUCACGGCCAUAUCCCCUUCCCCUCAUCCAAUGUCGCCAUGAGUCGUCAACACGGAGACACAAGAAACUCCUGCACCUCCCUGAAGCUCCUUCAUAUACCCCCGACAGCUCCGCGCCGACCUUAGUCUUCAAUCCACCAUCAUCUGCACCAAACGUAUACCACACUCCGCUUAAAUUUCUCCCCCAAAACGACCGAAGACGACAGUUAUAUUCGGACGCCCUCACAGUAUCCACGCACUCCGCGCUCCGCAAGAAGGCUUCUUCUGUUGCACAGCCCGGUACGCCCCUUGCAACGUCCUCAUUGCUGCCACCAAUACCUUCCGUGUCUCUUCCGUCGCCUGUCCGACAACCUUAUAAUAAGAAAUACCAUCUCACGGAGGAGGAUAUCGAGGAGAUUCGCAAACUGAGGACUAAAAACCCGAAUACCUGGACGCGGGUCAAACUGGCGGAAAAGUUUGGAUGCAGCCAGUUUUUUGUUAGUAUGGUGGUCAAGGCUCCCGAGAAGGCGGAGAGGGUUAGUGCGGAGCAUCAACAAGCCAGGGAAAGGUGGGGUCCCAGGAGGAGGAUGGCGAGGGAGGAUAGGGCGAGGAGGAAGGAGAUGUGGGGUCGAGAUGAAUAAAGACGGCAAUAUUUUAUUGAGCAGCGAAGGUUUGCCGGACUAGGUGGGAUCCUUCGAAGUCCUUCCAAUGCCGCAUGGUUCUGUGACCGAGGCGACUGCCGGGCCCGAGAUUGGACUUUGUCCAGGAACAUAUAACAGGAGGCUUUUGGUGUACCGUGUUUGGCUCUGAUAUCUGCGAGCUAAUGAAGGCAUGUAUUUCCACUGUAUAAUAUCCUGUCAGGUAUGGAACUAUACGAGGCUGAAGUUCCUAGUGUUCUCAGCUAUAUUUGCGCCUUAACCCCUUGCAACUGCUCUGUUCUAAGCUUUGAGUCUUCUCUAGAAUGCUUUUACACACUCUGAGCUGUGCAAGCACGCAAGUGGCCUUAGCGG